AUGGCAAACGACAAGCCCGACCCCCAACUCCCAGAGCCGCUGUGGAACGCUCUCUCCAAACUAAGCCACAUAGUCUCCCGCGAAGACACAGAGCCCCCCCUCCUCCACCACCGCCAGCGCAGCCCCAUCUCCACCUUCAACCCCGCUUUCCUUACCCCAACCCGCACCCACACGCCCCCCUCCAGCUCCCGCACCACCCAGAGCAAACCAGCCUUCCUCCUCCUCCACGGCGCCUGGCACACGCCCACCUGCUGGUCCCGCCUCGCACCCCUCCUCCAAGCCCACGGCCACCCCGUCUGCGCCCCGCACCUGCCCUCCAGCGGCGCAAAUCCCCCGCUGCACAAUUGGGACCCGGAUAUCGCCGUGAUACGGGACAGCGUGACGCGGCUCGCUAGGGACGAGGGGCGGGACGUCGUGGUGGUUAUGCACGCGCAUGCCGGGCUUGCGGGGAGCGAGGGGCUUUCGGGGCUGGAGAAGCAGGCGUGCGGCGAGAGGGGGUGGAGGGGGGGCGUGGUGAGAUUGGUGUAUGUGUGUGCGUUCAUGUUUGGGGAGGGGUGGACGCAGGUCCCGCCGGGGACGGGGGAAGGGUUGGAUCGGAACAUCACCGUCGACCUCGCCCGCGGCAUCUACUACGUGCACCCCGCGCAGGUCAAGGCGAUGAUGUACCAGGACGUCUCGGACGCCGAGAUCGCGGCCAUCGCAGCGCAGCUCGUGCCGCAGAGUCUGGCGGGGAACUGGUGCACGAGUUCCUUUGCGGCGUGGCGCUGGAUCCCUUCCACAUACGUAAUCGCGCUGGGCGACCAGAAGGCGACGGUCGCGGCCGAGGAGUGGAUUGUCAAGAGUGCGGUGGAGAGCGGGCGGUGUGCGGUUGAUCGCGUCGUGAGGAGGAAGGUGGGACAUUGCCCGCAUUGGAGCCAGGCGGAGUGGAUGGCGAGGUUGUUGGCUGAGGAAGCGGAGAGGAGUGUGCGGUGA